GCAGAGAGCUGUUCGACGAUCUUGAAUGCGACUUUAAACUGACUGUUGAUGCCGCAAUGGUGACAGUAGGUGAGCUGUUGAGUCUCGUGCUGGUCUCAGCGCUGUGGGGCUGCACUAACCCCCUACUGAAGAGAGGAACAGAGGGGAUCGAGCAUGUGACAGAGUCCAGCAGAGUCUCACAGCUUCUAGCCGAGGUCAAGUUUCUCUUCCUGAACCUUAAGUACCUGGUGCCCUUUCUCCUGAACCAGAGCGGCUCUUUGGUCUACUAUUAUACACUUUCAACCACAGAGUUAUCUCUCGCCGUUCCCGUGUCCAACUCUCUCACCUUCCUUUGCACUCUGCUCACUGGAAAACUGCUGGGAGAAGAAUUUGGAGGCAAACAAGCUGUUGCAGGAAUGUUCCUCACCACGGCUGGCAUCACUCUGUGUGUUAUGAGCUCCAUCGAUGACACCAUAAAGCAGAAUACGACCCAGGAUGUGAGCUAACAGAUCGGGACUGAAGCAAAAUUCUCAAGUAACUUUUAAGUGAUUCCAAAGUAGAAGAGGAAUGAAUGCCAAAAGCAGAGCUGGCACCGGACUAGAGAGUGUAAUUUAGAUUCAGACAGCAGCUCCUUGGAGCUCUGGUUCUGGUGGGAGAAUUGUGCCUAAAUGAAGUCAGUGUGAGCUCUGAAAGACUUGUCCAGAAUCACUUCCCUUCUUCGGUGAAGAAGGGGAAAGAGGUUCAUGCAGGGUUCACUUCACAGCCAGACCAGAUUUAUGGUACUCGCACAGAAGUCACCGGUUGUUAAAUUUUACUUCUAAGAGCUCUGUUGGCUUGCCGUGUGACUGGAAUCUGCAUAAACGCUAUAGAGGCCUCAUACAAAUGGUCUGAAAAGAGACCAACUGGAUGUGACCUCCUGACUUAACGGCACAUUUUACUGUGGAUGCAUUCUAUGUUUGGAAAAGAACCAGACAGGAGGGGGGUGCUGUUAAGUUUGCAUUAAGCUGUUUAUCCUGUUCCUUUUUCCUCCUAUAGCUGCCUUGUUUACAUGAGUAUCACUAAAGCAGAAAUACUGGUCAUAUAGUCACAAAUGAGCCAGCUUUUUGUUUCUUUUUUUUUUUUUACAAAUCAUGGGAGCCAUUUUCCUUUUUUCCCUCUUUUUGUUGCUCUUUAAGGCUGGGAUAUACUUGGUGUUAACUACCUGUACAUCUCUAUAAUAUGUUAUUAUUAAUGCACAGAGACAAAGAUGCAGACCUAGCUGCUAACACAGAUUGAUUUGGUUGUGAGUUGUUGCUUCAACCUGUAAAAAUAAUGAAAAUAAGAUCAGUGUAACAGUUAAAAAGUCAGAUGGAUUGGUGGUCUUAUACAGACCAGGACAAAGGCAUGAUCUUUACUUAACACUACUCAGCUGAAGAUACACCAAUUGCCUACCUAUUAUAAUACCUAGUGGUAUUACAUUGAUGUUUUAUAUCAAACACCACAGUGUUACUCUGAGAAUUAUAUGGUUUUGUUAAAUUAUAAGGACUUCAGUAAAAAAAAUGCACACGUGGCAAUCAUAGAUCAAAGCAUUACUAAAUUUAGCUAAUAUAAUGAAGCCAGAAUGCUACCACAUGAAAGAAAAAUUUGGCUGUUGUAAUUGAGAUGAGCCAAAUGAUGUAGAUAACUAAAAAUAAUUUCCAAAAACUGAGAAAUACCUGUUAAUUUUGGAAGUUUUUAUAUAAAGUCAGAGCUAUUUUUUAUUGUAACCUUGUGUACUUUGUAAAUAUGUCUCAACAGAUUGUAUAGACUUUAGAAAUACCACAUAAUGUAUAAAGUAAUGUAUUUAUUUUCAUUACCUCAUAAACCACUGUACAGACAUCUUAUUCUUGUACAUGUGCAGCUUGCGAUGGCUGUUUUUUUAAUAAACUGUUGGCAA